AUGGCUUCUAACCCACCCGGAAAGUGCUGCACUGUUGGCGUCAAGCAUGACGGCGAGCCAACUGGCGCCGAUAUCAAGGUCGGCAAGCACGAUGCGUACCUCGCGACCCCCGACCCGGCCAAGGCGCACAAAGACACCGCCAUUCUCUACCUCCCAGACGUCAUCGGGCUGUGGCAGAACAGCAAGUUGAUAGCUGACCAGUUCGCCGCAAACGGCUACCUUACUCUCAUCAUCGAUCUGUUUAACGGCGACCCCGUGUCCUUGAACCCGCCCGCCGGUUUCGAGAUCUUCAAGUGGCUCGAGAACGGGUCAGACGGGAAAAACCCGCACACCAAGGAGCACGUCGACCCCAUUGUUGUCGAGGCUAUCAAGUGGCUUCAGACCGAGAAGGGCAUCAAGAAGCUGGGUUCCGUCGGCUACUGCUUUGGCGCCAAGUACGUUGCGCGCCACUUCGACAAAGGCAUUAACGUCGGCUACAUGGCCCACCCUUCUUUCGUCGACGAGGACGAGCUCCGUGGUUUCAAGGGACCGCUUUCCAUUGCUGCUGCCGAGACCGACCAGAUCUUCCCCGCCGAGAAGCGUCAUCGCAGCGAGGAGAUCCUCAAGGAAGUCGGCCAGCCUUACCAGAUCAACCUGUACUCGGGUGUCGUGCACGGCUUCGCCGUGCGCAGUGAUAUCACUAAGAAGGACGAGAAAUUCGCCAAGGAACAGGCCUUUUUACAGGCUGUCCAAUGGUUCGACUACUUCCUCCUAUGA